AUGGCUGGCAAGGCUUUGAAGGAUGUCAAAAGCCUCAACACCUGCCCUGGAUGCGGUCAAAUAAAGCGUGCGCAUGUUUUGUGCCCACACUGUGUUGAGACACACCCAACUGAUAUCUUCUCAUUGGCUGUAACCAAUAAGCAGAUUUUAUCGGCUUCUGGUGUCUCUGCUCUCAAGGUUCACUCUACUGCUGACCCUGAUUUCCCAUUAGUACAAUCGAUCGAUGAGGCCCAUAAACUUGGGUGCCAUCAUGUUGUAACCGAUGGCAACGGAUCGAGAUCAGUGAGUGUUGGUUUUGGUGGUGAGAUCAGGGUUUGGUCCUGUCAUGAUGGAAACUGGUCCGAAAAUAAGACAGUCUCAGCUGGCAACGCAGGAUCUACUGGUGUUUGGGCAAUUGCCUUGUCAGGCGAUGGCCAGUAUCUUGCCGGUGUAAGCCAAGAUGGGCACAUUCGAGUGUGGGAUUUGGAUGCCAAUGGCGAACAAAUACGUUACUAUGAGACCAAGGGUAGCUUUGGUACCUGCAUAGACUUGUCAGCAGAUGGCCGCUUCAUAGCUAGCGGGCAUGAGAAUGGCAGCGUCUAUAUCUUUAGCACGGAAACAGGUCGUAUGCCGUUUAGCUUAUCAGGCCUAGUGAAGCCCGUGCGAGCUGUUGCAUUCUCUCCCGGGGGAAAGUUUCUCGCUGCUGCUGGAGACUCCAAUGUGAUCGUGUUAUAUGACACUUCAUCUGGCGAGCAGGUGGCUAACCUCCCCGGGCAUUCAGCAUGGGUCUUGUCGCUUUCUUGGAGCCACACGGGAGAAUAUCUUUUAAGCGGAUCAUUUGAUGGAAAAGUGAAAGUCUGGUCGAUUGAUACCAGAACAUGUGUCGCAACGCAUUCCGAAACAGAGCGAGCCGUUUGGAACGUUAAAUGGCUGCCAAAGAUUGGGAAGUCAGAGGGGUUUGCCACGGCCGGGGCAAGCCGUAGCAUAUCAUUCUACAGGGAAGCUACAGGUGGUUGA